GGGCGGAGCUCCCUCGCGCCGAGUCGUCGUCGCCGCAUGGCCGGUCGCGGCGGCCCUGGCAGAAAGCGAGCUCCGCGCUGCCCGCCGGCCCCUUCUGCACAGACUGAAACAUGGCUGAGGAUCCUCAGAGAAAUUUCCGAUCGGUGUAUUAUGAAAAAGUAGGAUUUCGUGGUGUUGAAGAAAAGAAAUCAUUGGAAAUUCUUCUGAAAGAUGAUCGGCUUGAUAUUGAGAAGCUUUGCACAUUCAGUCAGAGGUUUCCUCUCCCAUCCAUGUAUCGGAUCCUUGUGUGGAAGGUGCUUCUAGGAAUUCUUCCUCCUCACCAUGAAUCUCACGGGUUUGUGAUGCGAUGCCGAAAGGAGCAGUAUAAGGAUGUGCACCAUGCGCUCCGAGUAAUUCGCUUUAUCAAGGAUUCUACCCCACAGGUUGAAGUUUUCCUCCGGAUAUACCAGCUGGAGACGGGAAAGCUUCCUCGGAAUCCAUCUCUCUCUUCGGAAGCCGAGGACGAGGUAUUCCUUGCCAUUGCUAAAGCUAUGGAAGAAAUGGUAGAAGAUCACAUUGAUUGUUAUUGGCUCAUCAGUAGCUUUGUGAACCAGUUGAACAAUAAGUACAAGGAUUCAAUACCACAGCUGCCAAAACUUUUGGAACAAUACCUGAACCUUGAAGACAGCGGACUCUUAACGCAUCUGAAGUUGUGUUCAGCAAUGAGCCAUCUUCCUUACAAUCUUUGGUUUAGAAAGUGUUUUGCGGGUUGUCUACCUGAAUCCAGCUUACAAAGGGUUUGGGACAAAGUUAUUAGCGGCUCCUGCAAAAUUCUUGUCUUCGUUGCUGUUGAGAUUUUAUUAACCUUUAAAAUGAAGUUGAUGGCCUUGAAUAGUGCAGGAAAGAUUCAACAGUUUUUGGAAAAUAUACCUCAAGAUAACACGGAUGCAAUAGUGAGCAAAGCGAUUGAGCUGUGGCACAAACAUUGUGGGACCCCUGCCCACUCAGUCUGAGACCAUGCGGCCCACGAUCCACCCAGCAUGUGAAACCAUCAACAGCCAACCUGGGAGAUCCCUCCAGUCCUGGUAGGCAGUUGAGCACUGACAAUAAAAUAUUGAUUCUCACAG